AUGCGUACUUCUCUCGCCAUCGUGGCCCUCUCGGCCCUCACUGCUAUCUCUGCUCAGCGCAAGGUCUACACUGCUGCCGACAUCAACGUCGGUACUAUCUCCGUGACCGAGAGAGCCAACUGGUGUGUCGCCGAGCGUAACACUUGCAAGGUCCUCUGCGAGCCCAACCCUACCACCAACGACUGCGAUUCUACCUCUCUAGUGUACUCGUGCCUCUGCCCCAACGGCUCUGCCCCCGGUCUUGAGUACUACGAGCAGACUAUGCCCACCUUCAUCUGCCAGAAGGCCUUCCAGGACUGCAUCACGGCCAACGUCGGCGACGCUCGCGGCCAGACCAACUGCACAGACACCAUCCAGUCCCAGUGCGGAACCAUCAACGCCCAGGCUGACCAGGCCUCUGGUGCUUCCACCACCGCCACCGCGUCUGCUACCAGCACUCCCUCCGGAACUGGCAGCGCCAACGCUGGAUCUACCUCCGCUGCCUCCAGCUCCAGCUCUUCCGCUUGGGCUGCUCCCACUGCCAACCCUGCCCACCUCGGCAACGCUGCUGCUGUCGCUGCCAUUGGUCUUUUCGCCUACAUGCUCUAG